CAGAUGAGAGAGGCGCUCUGAACGCGCCGCGAUAAUUAGCCGCGGACACACACACACACACACACACACACACACACACACACACUACCGGACGGGAAUAACGGGAUUAUGAGGAUCUGAGACGCAGAGGGAUCCGGUGUCACACGAGGAGAGGGAUUACGAUCUCCGCGUUCGGUCCUCCGCGCGCCGUGAUGGGGAUAGACCGGCGGCGGAGAGCGUCGCUGGCUCUCACCUUGAACUUCCUCGCGCUCUUUCUGGCCGUGUCGGCUCUCACCACGAGCUACUGGUGCGAGGGCACGCGGAAGGUGGUGAAGCCGCUGUGCACCGGGCCGGUCAUCGCCAAGCAGUCGUUCUGCAUCCGGUUCAACAGCUCCAACAUGAACGACACGCGGCUCGUGCAGUACAUCUGGGAGACCGGAGAGGACAAGUACGUGAUGAGGAAGUUUCACACCGGGAUCUGGUUCUCCUGCGAGCAGAACAUCAAUAUGUCCGGGGAGAAUUGCAGAAGUUUCAUUUACGUCGCUCCUGAAAACGAGAGAGGCGUGCUGUGGCUGUGCAUCGUAGCAGAGUGCCUGUACAUCCUCCUGCUGGCCACCGGGGGCAUCCUCAUGUCCAUCGAGGUGUGUCACUUUGGGAACGUCAUUGACGGCCUCAAGCUCAACGCCUUCGCCGCCAUAUUCACCGUGCUCUCAGGUCUCCUGGGUAUGGUGGCCCAUAUGAUGUUCACCACGGCCUUCCAGUUGACUGUCAGUCUGGGUCCAGAGGACUGGAAACCUCAGAGCUGGGACUACAGCUGGUCCUACAUUUUGGCGUGGAGCUCCUUCACGGCCUGCAUGGCGUCCUCGGUCACCACCAUCAACCGCUACACCAAAACCAUCCUGGAGUUCAAGCACAAGCGCAGGAACAUCGAGAAGAACCUGAAGAUCAAACAGAAGCUUCUGGAGCUGGACUCACCUGAGCAGGUGUGGGACAUGUACAUCAGCUCUGUGCCGAGCACCGCCGAGGAGCUGCUCGACCUGUCGUCCAACGGCCGAAAACUCUCCAACACCUCCAUCUUCUUAGACCUCAACGACCUGCCCGAUGCACAGGGGGAGGAGUACUGCUAGAGGAACAGCCUGGUUAAACAUUGGCAGGUGUAAACAUCGUCAGGUGUAAACAUCAGUGGGUCAUUGUCAGGUUCAAUGUGAGACGAUUAUGUAACUCCUGUAAACAACAUGAGACCACGGCUGAGAGAAGAUUAUUUAAAAUAACAUUAGUUAGUGUGUCAUUAGUAAAUAAAUCAAUGUAAACUUCAUCUAAUUAAUAUGAUCCUGAUUUCUGCAGCUUGAUGAUCCAGUAGAUGUCGCCAUUGAGCACCAGCAUGAAACCAAAACAAACUGCAGUUUGGCCACACCUCCUCCAUAGUCUAGUGCAAGCGGCGACAAAAUCAUCCUGUUCUCGAGCUGCAAUCACCUGUGUCCUGCAUUGUUGUGUUAGCAUGCUAAUGUUAGCGCUCUUUAGUUAGCUCGUAGCUUCACACUGCAUUUAAAUUAACACAGAAUGAUCGUGAUCUAAAAACUCUUACUACCAUUCAAAUAAUCACUGAGUAUGUUCUUCUUCUUCUCUCUAGUCCUUGACUAUAACAGCUUUUAUACACAAGGGGAGGAGCCGGUCGUCCUGUCCAUGUAAACACGGCUCUGACAACAACACAGCCAGCGGGACUCGAGCUUCUCUCUCAUUGUAGACAGUCAUGACUCAGACAGACAUUUACAGGAUAUACUGGAUUUAUGAUGUAUUUAUGAGUAACAUGCUGCACAUUCUUCCUUUAAUGAACAUCGCGUCCUCUGUUUCUUAAAGGUCUCAGUUAUUUACAGGAACUGUUAUUCAAGUCUCAGAAUUUAAAUGAUGAUGACGUGCUGAUGCGCUAACGUCUCAUGUAGCCCCUUUAAGGACCAGCGCGCCCUGGAGCUCAGCACAUCCACCCCACAGGUGUGUUAACCUUACCUCUGUACACGCAGUGUGUUUAUGAAGAGUCACUGCUGUAACUGUUGGAGACACCAGGAGGACAAGUCUCCAACAGUGAACACUUCAUCCUGAACAGUCGUCUGAAUUGAGGAGUCGCCGCCUGCUCCAUCGCUACGUCGAGGACGACGUGCAGAGCGGUUAAAGCUGUGACAGAUCAGUGAUGACGAGCUCCUUUUAUUGGUACAUUUCCUGUUUAUUGAUGUGAUGAACAUGUGACCCACACAGCAUCAAGUAGCUUCAGUGCAGUAUUUAAAAACUGAGAAAGAAGGGCGGGGCUCCAGACUGGAAGAGGAGAUCUUCUGGGGGGGGAUUUGGUUCACGUGUGUGUUUAACUCGUAGAAAGUGAAGUCAAAGUGAAGUCACAUAAGACUCGAUUAGUAGGUCUUGGUCUGUAUAUUUCUAUAUUUUAACGAGGGCUGUCAGCAAAGUUAAUCACGAUUAAUUAAGGUCUGAAAUGAACUCAUUCAUUGUUUUUUAAUCUCAAGUUAUUUUGUCCCUUCAUGACCUAACCUUCCAUCUACAGUAAGGGCCUUACUGUAUUUCAAAAUAAAAGCAGUACCCAUUUUAAACACUAGGUGUCAGAGUUACAUACUGCUCCUUUACAUUUUGAUUUUCAGCCUUAAAAGUGUUUUAAAUACUAAAUAUUAAUAAAUUAGGUCAUGUUGUUUUUUUCUCGUUGGUUUUCCCUUCAGGUCUUUAUAUUAAUGUUUGCAUGUCACUAAACUUAAAAAUAAGAUGAAACUUUAUUUUUAACUCAAGCAAACUGCUGAGGAACUUACUAACUCAAAGUCAGAUGUGUAAAAUAAAGAGACAGGACAGUCUUGUACUCCUGCAUGGUGGAGAAUAAAGCGAGUCUGGAGCCCUGAGGAGGUUAAACUGGAGACUGUAGCUCCGCCCACACAGGUACACACAGGUGUAAUGUCAGGUGGAGGUGCGUGUAGGCCUGCUGAGUGCCUUUCCUUCCAGCAGCAUGCCUCUCUGAUCACACAGCCCGCUGUGCAGACUGCCAAACUCAUUGGAGAUCUGAGCGCGCUCAGUAGAGCUCUCUGCGUCAUCCUCUUGAUCAACAGGAACUUUUCUUAUGAACACGUGAACUGUUGUGAUGGAGAGCGGCGAGCAGGAUUGUAAAGUGCAUUUUAAAUGUAUGAAAACAGAUUUGUGUAUUUAUUUAUGAAGUGAGAUGUGUUUAAGUCAAAGAUUUAUUCAGGUUUUAUUUCUUUUUAUCUUCUCUGGGUCGUGAUUUCUCAUGCAGCAUGGACGGUUGUGAGUUUUUUGUGUAUUAUUAUUUGCAAUCUAACGUAUUGGUAUAUUUAUGAAUUUCUAUGAGAAGACAUUCAAAGGUGAAGAGGAGAGGAGGUUAUAAUAAAGAUGUUUCUUGUUUUUA